CUCACCGCAACCUUUGGCUUCACUGGGGCCUGAGUCAUCUAUGCUUUAAUCAUGUUCGUCCGUGUUUUUCUGUGUUGCCUAUCCUACACCUCCCGUACGCCGGCUUUCCGAAACGUGUGCUUAUUAUUGGCCUUCCAACUCUCAAAAAGGUUUUCCUCUUUUAGAUCAUCGCGCCUCCUGCCAGUGCGCUCAGAUCCCAGCUGUGUGACAUGGUGGAAGUUGCGUUUGUUGCUGUAUCUUAUGUCCACUCUUUCCUCCCCAUCAGAGCAUGCCGGCAUUAGCAGACCACUUCUGACUAGGGUCCCAUGUCCCCUGGUUUGUCCGUGAGCACCGAUUGCAACACGCCGUCAGGCCGCAGUGGACGGUUCAGUGGCUUGUCGCAUGUCGUGGCGCUCCCGUGACAAGAUGCCGGAGCACGACGAAGAUCACACACGGGUCCAGACUCCUCUUUAGACGAGAUGAGGUCG